AUGCACCGCCUGCAGCAGCAGCAGCAGCAGCAGCAGCAGCAACAGCAGCAGCAGCACAUGCAUCUGCUGCUGCUGCUGCUGCUGCUGGCGCUGCAGUUGGCGGCGCUGCAGCAGAAGGAAGCACUGGAGAGUCUCCUGCGCUGCAGUUGGCGGCGCUGCAGCAGAAGGAAGCACUGGAGAGUCUCCUCAGGCGCUGCAGUUGGCGGCGCUGCAGCAGAAGGAAGCACUGGAGAGUCUCCUGCGCUGCAGUUGGCGGCGCUGCAGCAGAAGGAAGCACUGGAGAGUCUCCUCAGGUGGAAAGCACAGCAGCAGCAGCAGAUGCAGCAGCAGCAGCAGCAGCAGCAGCAGCAGCAACAGCAGCAGCAGCAGCAGCAGACAGAGGAGAGAGUUUAA